ACCCCUUCACCUUCUCUCCUUCUUUCUUCAUAUUUUUCUUUUUCUCUUUCUUUCUUUCUUUCUUUCUUUCUUUCUUCAUACUUCUCUCCUUCUUUCUAAAUACUUCCUUCUUCAUUCUCCUUAGAGCUCUCCAAAUGUCUCAAAUCUCAGAAACUUCUCCAAAGCAUUGCGCCAAGAAAGGAGGGAUUAACAUCAACAACCGUCGCAAGAAACUCUUCUUCACAUUCUCAACUUUCUUCAGCGGCCUUCUCCUCAUCAUCUUCCUCAUUUGGCUCACCCUCCACCCUGCAAAACCCGAGUUCUCCCUCACAGAAGCCGACAUCUACACCCUCAAUCUCUCCUCCUCCGCCACUCAUCUCCUCAACUCCUCAAUCCAGCUCACUCUCUUCUCCAAAAACCCUAACAAAAAAGUUGGAAUCUACUACGACAAGCUACUCGUAUACGCAGCAUACAGAGGGCAACAAAUAACAUCAGAAGCUUCUCUACCACCUUUUUAUCAAUCCCACGAAGAAAUCAAUCUUUUGACAGCCUUUCUUCAAGGGAAUGAGCUACCCGUUGCUCAGUCUUUUGGCUAUCAAAUCGUUCGUGAUAGGGCAGCCGGUAAAGUAAUCAUCGGUAUGAAGAUGGAUGGGAAGCUAAGGUGGAAGAUCGGGACGUUUGUCUCUGGCGCAUACCGGUUUAAUGUGAACUGUGUUGCAAUCGUUGCUUUUGAUCCAAACAUGACCACUGAUCCAUUAGCGAUAAUACAAGGGACUGGUUGCUCUACCGAUAUAUAAGAUAUAUUGAAUAAUCAACCAUAGAUAUACACUAUAGUUUCUUUUGCUGUAUUUUAAUGAUGCUUUUUGUGUUGGUAAUUAGUACUACUUGUAAAGCUAUAUUUAAACUGUUUAUAUAGAAUUAUAUAAAGAGCUUAUCUUUGGUUCAAAAGUAGGGAAGAGUUGAUAUGGUGGCUAUAGGCAGGAGAAAUGGUUUUGCCGUAUAAGCAAGCAAUUUACCUGAUUAUUUCCCCCCAUCUCUUCAAUAGUUCAUGGUGGAUGUAUCUUUUUUGAGCUCUACGCAUAAAGAUUUGAGAUUGUUGGGUCCA